AUGACUAUCCCCUCAGGUCAAUUGCAGAUACUACUAGAUCGUUACAGAGAGAGCCAGUUGAAAGUUUUGGACUACAUGCGCACGCGACUGCUAAAUCUCCCGUGUUUCGGAGAUGUGAAAGAGGUUGACGAAUUAAUUUCUCACCUGCAUACUGAACUCGAGAAUGACUGCAGGACAUAUGA